AUGCUGCACGCUGUUUGGUCUACAUGUUGGUCUGCAGAAACAUCAGGCUCGCCCCUCCUAAUCGGUGCUUCUAAGGAGGAACUAUUAGUUGUAACCUUGCUAGCUGGCUGUUCGGCGCACACGAUACCUAAGACCUCUACCACAAGCAUGCACAUCAGCACUAUCCUCCUCCCGCUCCUCCUAACCUUCACUCUCGCCCUCCCCACGGACCUUGCCCCCCGCCAGGAGGACGUCUCCUGCACCUGCCAGCCACAGUUCGAAGCUGGUGACUACUGCGGUACCUGCGCCGGCUCCCGGGGCUUUAUCGUCUACGAGCUCGGUGACUGGAACCGCCAGACGACGCUGUUCCAUUGCACCGGUGACGGUAGCGGCGGUUGCUACGGCAUCGGGUACCAGGAGAGCUGCAAUGUAACGUAUACGCCGUGUGGGCCUAACUUCCCGUAG